AUGUCUUUUCUCAGGACUGUUUUAAACGACUCUGUCAUCAUUCAUCCUCCCGGCUUCUACGUCAUCGGAUUCAAGACAUUUCCCUACAUCACCGUCUACUUCAUCUUUCUAGCAUUUGUUUAUGCAGUUACUGUGAUGUUCAACAGUUUGGUUAUCUACGUAAUUACCUUUAAUCACCGUUUACACACUCCAAAAUUUCUGGCUGUGGUCAACCUCGCAGUAGUUGAUGUAGUCCUGAACACAUGUUUAAUUCCCAGCAUGAUAAAAAUAUUCCUUUUUAAGCAGAAUUUUAUUCCAUUCAACUUGUGUUUGGUACAAAUGUUUUUCUACUACGCUUUUGGGACGUUGGAGUCAUACGCACUCGCUAUACUUGCCUAUGACAGGCUGAUUGCAAUAUGUUUCCCUUUGCAUCAGAACUCAGUCAACACACUGCGGAGCAUGUCUUGGAUUGUCGGUGUGACUUGGUGUUUUUCUGUGGGAGUCAUUGGGUUUGCAGUAGGCAUAAUGACUCGACUGUCUUUUUGCAAUUCUGUCAGAGUGUUCAGUUAUUUCUGUGACUAUGCACCUACAUUUAGACUGGCCUGUAAUGAUAACACACUGCAGUGGUCUGUGGCCUCAUUUCUCACUGUCUUCCUUCUUGUGGGACCGUUUCUUUUUAUUCUUGUGUCUUAUGUCAGCAUCCUGGUGACUGUAUUCAGGAUGAAAUCUUUAGACAGUCGGGUAAAGGCUUUGGCCACUUGUGUUGAGCAUAUCAUCCUUGUUGCUGUAUUUUACAUUCCUCUCAUUACCAUUUUUACUGUUGGGUUUAAUCUGCAUUUCAUUGACCCAGACCAACGUGUGCUGAGCCUGUCGCUGGCCUCUUGCAUCCCACCCUGUGUUAAUCCUAUUGUUUAUUCUUUGAAAACUAAAGAGAUUAAAACCAGAGGCCUGACACUGGUAAAGAAAACUAAAAUUGCUGCAGACCAACAUAAGAGCAAACCUUGGAGGGUUAAUAAAAUGUUGCAUAAAUUCAGGUAG